AUGAAGGUUGAAGAUGCAAAAACUUCUUCAAAUAUUAUUGGAGAAAGUAUGGAAUGUGAGUUUGUUUUCUUUUGAAAUCAACUUGUUUUGCAAAUUUCAAAUAAAUUUUAGUUACAAAUAAGAGUUUGGAAAACAAUAUGAACUUCAUCCAAAAAAUUGUAAAAUUUUGCCAACCUUAUUUUGGAUUGGGGGCCUUUCUUGCAUUUUUAAUUGUCUACCAUGGAUGGUUAGGUGAGUUCUACAAUACAAUUUUGUUUCUUUUUAAUCUGAGAAUCAGAAUUUUAGUUGCUGCUGCCAUUCACAAUUUCACAAAAGCUAGUCCAAUGAUCUAUAUAACUAUAUUUUUAUGGUUUUGUUUUGUUUUGAACUUGGCUGUAAAUACUUCGCAAUUUCGAAAAGUUUAUGAUGAUUUGGAAAAACGUCUUGAUAGUUUGGCACAGCGCAAAAAGUUUGUUCCAAUGUAAGUCUUGCUUUUUUCAAUAUCAAAUUCCAACAUUUCUUUAUUUUCAGAUCAAUAAAAAUUUGCAUUAUUGUCGCUUUGUUGGCAUUCACAAUUAUUAUGUCAUUGAAUGAUUUUUCGAGAUUAUCUGGUUUUUCUGCCUAUGUAUUUUUUAUCCUGUUCAUGUUUAUUUUUUCAAAUAAUCGAAAGCUCAUCAAUUGGAAUAUUGUUACAAAUGCGUUUAUUAUGCAUUAUUGUCUCGCAAUUAUUAUUCUUCAAUGGUCAACUGGACAAUGGUUUUUCCAACAGGUUGCAAAACUAAUUGUAGGAUUUCUUGAAUAUGCGCAAGAAGGAGCAGUUUUUGUAUUCGGAUUUAUUGCGAGCCCUCCGAAUAUUUGUAAUCUUCGUUCAGUUUUCAUUUUCACAUCACUUCAAACAUUGAUCUACUUUGGAGCAGUUACUGCAAUUCUCUUUCAUUUCCAAAUUAUUCAAACAGUUUUAAUCAAAGCCAAAUGGUUCAUGAAAAUCUUAAUUGGAACAACAACAAUUGAAAGUGUCAAUGCUUGGGCAUGCACAUUUUUAGGAAUGACAGAAGCUCCAAUGAUGUUUGCCCCAUAUAUUUCUAGUCUAACUGAUUCGGAACUUUGUACAAUCUUGACAAGUGGUUUUGCAUGUGUUGCCGGAACUGUUUUUGCAGCCUAUGUUGCUCUGGGAGCAUGUCCAAUUUAUUUGCUAACCGCUUCAAUUUUAUCAGCACCAUGUUCUUUGGCUUGUUCGAAGAUAAUGUUUCCGGAAACUGAAGAAACCAAAUUGAAAGAUGAAGAUAUUCAUAUUGCUCACAGGUUAAAAUUUCAUUAGAAACUUGGAAUAAACCGAUUUUUCUUCAGAUCAAAUAAAAGUCUUCUUGAUGCGGUUUGCUCUGCUGGAUGUGCAAUGGUUCCAAUUGUUUUUGCAAUCGGUGCAACUCUUCUUGUUAUAAUUUCACUUCUAGCACUUCUCGAUACAGUAAUGGGUUAUAUUGGUGAUCUAAUCGGUUUUGAAGGUUGGACAUUUCAAAUGUUAUUUGGUUAUGCAUUUUUCCCACUUGCCUACCUUAUGGGAGUCACUGAUGAUGUUCAACAAACUUUGAUGUUAGUUUAAAAUGUGGUCAUUAUUUUAUUGAAAUAUCUAAUUUCCAGGGUUGCUCAACUGAUGGGAACCAAAACAGCUGUCAAUGAAUUUGUUGCUUACAACAAACUUGGAGAACUUCAGAAAAAUAAUAUUCUUCACCCAAAAUCUGUGUUAAUCGCAACAUACGCGCUUUGUGGUUUCUCUAAUUUUUCUUCAAUGGGAAUGCAGAUUGAAUUUAUUGGUGGAAUGGCACCAAAUAGAAGAAAUGCAAUUUCUAAUAUGAUGUUACGUGCUUUGAUUGCUGGUUCGAUUGCAUGUUUUAUGAAUGCAACAAUUGCUGGAAUACUUGUUAGUUCUCCAAUUAUUUGUCAUCCAACUUCAAAUUCUACGUGUUUUGAAAUUCCAUAA